CGCAGAAACCACCGCGACUUAAUCCAGCACACGAGAUCCAAGAUGGUGCACGAGCGUAUCCCUAUGAUGGUCCGUCUGCUGACGAUUCUCCUCGCGCUGAUCGCUACAGGAACGGCUGGUUCCGGCGGCGUCAAGAGCUGCGACUACGGACAAGAGAUGUUCCGGUCCGGCACACAGGUCUACUUCCUCAUGACCAUUGGAGCUUUGGUGGUCGUUAUGUUUACCGUUCGCGUGCUGGUCUUCGACGUCCGCAAGCUCCGUCAGCCGAAAGUGCGAACGUUCGUGAUCUUCGACUCGGUGUGGCUCAUGUUCUCGUUCGCAAGCGCUGUGGCCGUUGCAGCCGCACCGGUAGGCACGGCCGUGUGCUCAGGAGUGGACAAGGACAUCAUGAUCCUGCUGGAGGAAGUAUGCAGGUUCCAGUGCUCCAACAUCGUUACCGCCAUCGUCACCAUGUUCCUGGUGUCCGUGUGCAUCGUUUUCGACAUCCUCUUCGCCACCGGCGCCAUCUCCGUUGGCAGCAGUGAGCCACCCGCCGAAGACUUUACCUUCGGCGAGACUGCAGGAUCUCCACGCAGCCAAAAGGCCAAUGCCAACCGCGGCUCCGCCGAAGUGUAGCAAUGUAAUAAACUCGCAACCGGUUUUGGCACGCUCAAACCUUUUACCGGUAA